GUUAAAAUGUAGGGUGAACUUAGCGGGAAUUUUAUAUAAAUAUGUUUUAAUGAUGUUUUAUAAAGAUUGACCAGCCAUGGCAAGCUUGCGAUCACGAGACAGUAACUUGGACAGUAACACAAAGAUUUUCCUCUUAUCAGGACUGGGUGAUAAUGUUAGGAGAGAUCUUGCUAGGAAAAUACAUUUACUGGGCGGAAAAUACUUUGACUUACAGGAUUUCAAGGCAAUUUGUACACAUGUUGUGUGUGGCAGACUUUCUCGUAGUGAGAAAUUUCUCGGAGCAUGUGCGACAGGAAAAUGGGUGUUACACCCAGACUAUGUACAGGACUCGUACAUUGCCGGCACUUGGCUGGACGAGGAGCAGUAUGAAUGGUGUGACAGCCAUAUAACAAACAAAUAUCAGGUUGACAUGGCACUAGCCUUUGCAGCCAGACGUUGGAGAUUCAUGCUAGGCGGGGUAUCUGCUGCAUUUACCGGUUGGAAAGUGGCUGUCAUAGCAGGCGCUAAAAGGUCAAAGGUCAUCAAAGGUUUGUUAGUGUCUGGUGGGGCUGAUGUGCUACAGUUGAGAAUUCCUGUGAGGAACCCUGCUAAAGUUGCUGACACUCUAGGCUAUAUAUUUGUUAGCGAACAUAAUGCAAAGUCUUUUAUCCAUCUUAUCGACUAUGGAGUUUUGUGUAUCAAACCAGAGUUUAUAGGAGAUUUUCUGAUAAAAGAUCCCCAGCCAGACCCUAUGGACUACCUGGUACAAGUUAACAGUAUAGAGGAACCACUAAGUCAAGAGUCUUUCCUGAUGUCAUCACAGAAUCUAGGUACUUUAAGUGACCAAGACUCACCUAUACCCCAGUCACCUUCUUCCUCUAACAGCAUGAACACUCCAUGCAAAGAAAGGGCAAUAACACCUAGUUCAUCUACAGAAAAGUUUCAGUCACACACAGCAAUGUCUAAAAGGUCAAAGUCAACAAGUAGACCAGUAUCAAAACUAGUAGAUGACAUAACAGAUUUGAUAGUGAUAGAGGAACAGUCAAGUUCAUUAAAUAAAACAAAACAUGUAGGUGAUCAAAGUGUUGGUGAUCAUGAUAAUGUGGAAGUAAUUGAUCUGACUGACAGUUCCGAAGACUCUGAUGUAAACAUUAAAGCAGGCAUUACUGAGAAAGAUAGCACAAAAAAUUCAGUACUAGAUGAUGACCUCGAAGUGAGGAAAUCAAAAAGAAAUGUUGUGAAAAAAUCUCCAGCUUGGAAAAGUUUAAUGCCUAGAAGAAGGACAAUGUCAAAGCCAGAUGAAAUUAAGGAAGAGCCUGUUGAAAAUGAUAAAUCGAAAGACAAUGUGCUCAAUAAAUCAAAAGACAACAUGGUCAAAACUUCUACUAGUGCAGCAAGUAGUUCAACAGUAAAACGAAACUUGCUGGACAGCAUGGCAGAACAGCCUGUUAGAACUAGUACACCUGCUAAAACACUUACUAAAAGUAAGACACUGUCUAAAACACCAAGUAUAACACAGUUCUUCAAACAGGUUACUACACAGGAUUCUCCUGUAGCAUGUAAAAGCUUGAAGUUAGAAACAUCUGACGUUCUAAGUCAACCAACAUGUGAUAAAAUUUCUAGUAUUAGUUGUGAUAAAAUUGUAGAAAGGAAAGAGGGAUCUGAUAGUAAAAAUGUUGAAUGUUCAAGUGAUGUGGUAGAACCUGUAAACCAUUCUGUUAGCAUAGGAUCAAAACAGGUUACCCAGUCUGGAAACAGAGUGACAGAUAUGCAAGUUAAAGGGAAAGAACUGAAAGAAAAUACAAAGAAAGUAGAGUUUAGUAAGAACAAGGAAUGCAAGAACAAGGUUGUUAAAUCAAGCCGAGAACAUAAUGUAACCAGAGAGAACCAGUCUGCAAGAAAACAAAAACCAGAUGGUAAAGGUGAUAGGAAACGGAAAUCUACAGAUUUGGAAACAGAAGGCACUACGAUUGAUGGUCCAUCAGAAAAGAAAAGAAUAACAAGGUCAUCACCAGCAAAGAAUAAAGACAUUUCAUUGGUUGGGAGUCCAGACUCAUCGCCUAGUAUUCAUGGUUUAACUACAAUUCUGUUAUCUCCAUCAAAGAAGAAAUCAGUGGUGACUGGGCAACAAACAACAUCUGAAAAUCCCAUAGCAACUUCAGGCAUUCAGAGAACAUCAUCAGAUCACAGUGAAAACAAAGAUAGGAAGUUAGAAAAUGGGAGGAAGAGAAAAUCUGAAGAUGCAGAGCUAGAGUAUGUGCUGACUCACAUCAAGAGAAAAAAGAUGGGCUUCACUGACUGGUGUCCCCCUUCUUUGAUAGUGAAUUUAAGAGAAACUGAGGAUGUACCCGACUUGGUGAUGAUGCCGACUACAACCACAGAAAUAUUCAUGGCCACAUUAGAGGAUGGUUUUACAUUUGAAGCACUAGAAUAUUUAGAGUCACAGGUCACGUUCAAGUAUUAUCCCCAGUCAGAUAGCAUCAGUCAGAUAAUGAGAAAUGUUCUCCUGAAAACAGAGGACGAGACUCUUUGUAACCGGUCAUACAAUAUUCUGUUACACAUGUUGAUGGUAAAUCCUCCAGUUACAGUAUCAUUACAACAGGUAUAUUUACGUGCUCUGGCAGGAUGUAAGAUAGAGGAAGAUUGUCAGAUAGGGGCGGAGUGGAACUUUAUCCACCAAUGUAUAAGUGAAAUAUUAACAAGUGAUGAUGCUGUAAUCAAAAGGAACAACAGAUUAUUGUUCAAGUUUAUUAUACAGUUAUUACAGUACAAUCUUCAACAUAUCCAAAGUACAGACAGUUCACAAGAAGAUCACAAUAGGAAGCAUAUGUUACUACGUAUAAUCUGGACACCAUCGUACCAUAUUGUGUUCAAUAAACGAUGUCGUGCUCUGGUUGAUGUUAUGUCAGAUGUGAUAAUGUCAUACCAAUCUAUACAUUGUCAAACAGAGAAAAAAUGCCUGUUAGAGAUGUUAGAUGAUGUAUUAUGGAUGAUUGCCAUGGUAACCGAUUGCUGUAGAGUCCAUGAAUGUGGAAAUCUAGAUCCCAUACAAGCAUCGCAUGCAGAUAAAACAUCUGUCUUUGUUCAUGAAAUUUCCAGCAAACUGAAAGUUGCGAAUGUCAGUGACCGUUUUCUACUGGACGCAAUAAUGCAAGGUUUGCAGUUACCAUGGUUACGGGUAGGGGUGUGUCAACAACUUCUCAACAUGUAUGAUGACUAUCUCCUAAUGGAGGAGAACUGUAAUGAUACCAAAUCUCUGACAUUUCAACAUAUUGUGACACAUUAUUUUUACCUAUUGCCGGAGUUUGAUAUGCCUAGAACCCCAGGAUGUCGGUCACCUGCAGUGCAAAGAACAAAAGAAAUGAAUGUAAAUCAAUCUCCAGUUACUGUAAGACAUUGUUUGCGUGAGAAUACAGAUAUGAACAAGAGGAAUGUUGGUAGGACUACACUGAAGGCAAUGAAGAAAAAUCAUAAAGGAGAAACUCCGCUUCAUGUUGCUUGUAUCAAAAAUGAUGCUGCCACUGUAAAAAACCUUCUUAAAAUUCCUGGUAUAAAUGUAAAUGCAACUGACAAUGUUGGAUGGACACCCCUACAUGAGGCCAGUAACCAUGGCCACACAGAAUGUGUGCUGGAGCUUCUGAAGUUUAUACCAUCAAAGACAAUGGAUGUUUUCUUUACAAAAGGUAGCACAGAAUGUAGAAGGGUAGAUUUGUUAGCAGUAAAUGGUGAAGGAAUAACUCCACUUCACGAUGCUGUAUUGAACAAUCAACCUGAGGUCUGCCGUAUCUUGUUACAACACGGAGGCUCCAAGCUUCUAGAGGCUCGAACCUGCCUUGGCUACACACCAAUUGAUCUCGCUGAAACAGAUGAGAUGAUCAGUCUCUUGUCUUCCUUUUCUACAGUACGAAGAAAACAUAGUGAUAAUCUCUCAAUGUUAGGAUCUCAAGAAUCCAAUAGUUCUGUAGAGGACAAUACAUCAAUAGUACCAAGUGAUAUUCUAUAUCAGGAAGUAAUGUAUAAAGAUGGAGAACGUUUAUAUUAUGCCAACGUUAAGUCCACCACCUUUUACAUACACCUGGUAACAUUAUUCAUUCAAAAUUACAUCUCCCUAAGAAACUUACACAUGAUAUGUCAGUGCUUGAAAGAUAAGAAGUUAUUGCAGGAUAUUAGUGAACAAAACGAUCAUUGUGAUACAAGCAGCCAGAAAGAGAAUCAUGACAGUGUUAGUGUAGAUGAUAGCCCAAAUUGCCAAAAUACCCAGAAACUUACAAGUUUAAACGUACAAACAAUCAGUUCUGUGUAUCAUCAACUAGAGAAUAGCCAGUUAGGGUUGUCAAGUAAAAGAACCCCAGCAAGGAGUAGACUAGCAGAGUAUCAUGUGGAUAAAGAGGAAGUUGAUUAUAUAAGAAAAGAUUUGAAAAUAAUAAGGAAAUUCCCCCAGUAUUUGAACUUGUUUAGGAAUCAUUUACUUAAGUUGUGUCGUUCAGAGGACUCGAAAAUGGUGAAAGAAGAACUACAAGAGUUGUUAUAUAUCACGGAAGGUCUGUUUUAGUGAUUAUAAAGGAUAUCAGGGGUGUAAGUUAAAUUGUCCAGCAGUUGUAACUAAUGUCGCCAAAUGACAUAAACUGUGUUGGGGUGACGUAAAACCCAAUCAAACAAACAAAAAAGCAGUUGUAAGAACUUGACCAGUAAGAUUUUACAUUUUAGUCAUUCAUUCAACUUGAAUCUGCCGAAUGUUUAAAAUGGAUUUGUCCAACUUCAAUUUUGGAACUGUCCAUUAUAAUUUUUAGGGAUAUAAAGAUGAUAAUAUAAAAUUGGUCAGCCAACAGUAUAGAGACUGGUCAGACUUCACUGAUGUGCAGGCUGGCCUGACUUUAUUCUGGUGGCAAAGACACUUAGUUCCAGCAGUGGGAGGGUUAUCAAAUGUUAAAAGAACAAAAAAUAAUUAGCAAACACAUACUUUCUUCGUGUGUUCUAAAUUUUGCUUAAUUUAAAUCUUAAACACGCAUCAAGUGACAUUAAAAUGAUACAUUGAGGACAUUAAUUACUUUGACUAUAGAAUGUUAAACUAAGGACAUUUUCUUUUUCGCUUUAAAGAAAGUAUGUAUUGCAUCUGGAGCCUUUAAAAAAGUAUAUUUAUAUAUCUUACAUGCCCAUUUGAUAAGUUUGGAAAAUUACACACCUCCCAAUAAUGAUACAAGAGUUUACUGUUGUACCUAAAAAUUUAUAUUCAGUAAAUAAUAUCUUUUUAAACUAUAAGUGCCCAUAAUCUGUAGUAUAGAUUGUGAUCAUGCCUGAUUAUAAAGAUGUAUGUCUGAAUAUAGACCUUUUUACACUAGGAUAUUUCCUGAGAUUUGGAAGUACAAGUAUCAUUUCCACAUGCAUAUUCUGCAUAGGGCAAAAAGCUAUAUUGAAAGUGUAAAUUUUAUCAGUAUUAUAUGGUAUAGUGCUUUGUAUACAAGUAUAUUUUUUUAGCAUACAUGCAUAUUUGAUAAAUAGGGAAAAUUUUCCCUAAUAAACUUAAAGGAUGAAAUUUUAUUAUUUGUGAGGAUUAACUAAAAGUUUAGAAGCAAGUAUUUUGAUAAUAAAAGAUGCACUAGAUAUCAGUAAUUAAUUUGAACCUUCUAAAUUUAUGGGCCAUAUUAAAAUGGAAGACACUCAUGCAUUCGAUUAUGACAUAAAAACAAGCAAAAAAAAAAAUUAAACCAUCAAUAUUGUAAGUUUACACUUUUGAUAU